AUGCUUUUGUUGUGGAAAGAGGCGAAAACUCUUUCGGGUCAUACCGAUGUUGUCAACUGCGUUUCAUGGUCGGGAGACGGGAAAAUGAUUGCUUCAGUGUCAGGGGAUAAGACCUUGAGAAUAUGGGAGGCGAGCAGCGGCAGGCAAAUCAGUUGUCUUGAAGGACAUACAGACAUAAUCUGGUUCGUUUCUUGGUCAGGCCAAGGGGGACUGAUUGCGACUGCAUCAUCUGACAAGACUGUGAGAAUAUGGAACCCAGUUUCUGGUAAGGAACUUCGAAUUCUCAGACACAAGAAUCGAGUUAACUGUGUCUCGUGGUCUGGAGAUGGAAAAAAGAUUGUCUCCGGAUGUUCAGACCACAAAGUGAGGAUAUGGGACGCAACUUUUGGAUAUGAAAUCAAAUGUUGUAAAGGGCAUAGCCAGUUUGUCAGGUGCGUGGUAUUUUCAAGCGAUGGAAAGUUGGUCGUGUCGGGAUCGAUGGACAAGACCUUGAGGAUGUGGGAUGCGGUCACUGGCAAGGAAGUUCGAUGCUGGAAGGCACACUCAAAGGGUAUUAAUAGUUUGUCGUUCUCACCAGAUGGGAGCAAGAUUGCAUCCACUUCGUCAGACAACACAGUGAAGGUCUGGGAUGUUAGCAAUGGAGAUCAAGUACAUUGUUUCGCAGGACACGAGGAAAAGGUUUUGUCAGCUUGUUGGUCAGCAGACGGUGGACUGAUCGCUUCGGGUUCGUCCGACAAGACGGUACGCUUGUGGGAUGCGAGCAAUGGACGAGCAAUCCGAUACCUGAAAGGACAUACUUGGACUGUAGGAAGCGUUUCCUUCUCACAGAACAACAUGAUGAUUGCCUCCGGUUCAUCCGACAAGACCGUGGCGAUCAACGUGUCGGAGUACCAGGGAGUGGCGGGCGGGGCCGACCCGCGCUACAACUCGGUUGUCUGGUCGUCCGUGAAGAAGUAG